UGCCCCCCAGUCGAGAGUUCUGCAUUUUUGCCUCUGUCUUUCGGGGUGUACCAAAUACCCCUUCCCCCGCCGGCCUAUCAUUAGCAUAUGUACAUAUCUGCAGCAAAACAACAUAUAGCGGUAAACGAACCCACACAUGAGCAGCAAACAAGUUUCAACGCCGUGCGGUCUCAAAAAUCGCGCAAUUGGCCGCCAUGGAGUUCAUUAGCCAUUUCUUGCGAGAGACGAGCAGACGCACCGUAUUGGGUCCAAUCCUGCAGAGAAAUCGUAGCGAAAUCAUCCAAAAACAAUCUUUAACCAAUCGACAGGCAUUCAGCAGAUACAGAUUCACAUCCAGCUGCAGCACCAUGGACACCACAGUACACUCCGCCGGCAUUGAUGAGACCCACCUGGUGCCCAUGAGCGUCAUCCAGCGACCCAUUCCCUCCGUUCUGGACGAGCAGAAGGUGCAAUCCCUGAUGGAAACCAUUAAGUACGAAGCCAGCGAGGAGGAGGUGCCCCCCAUCGACCUGCUGUGGAUCACGGGCAGCGAGGGAGGCGACUACUACUUUAGCUUCGGAGGAUGCCACCGGUUCGAGGCGUACAAGCGGCUUCAACGGCCGACGAUCAAGGCGAAGUUGGUGAAGUCCACCCUGGGCGAUUUAUAUCACUACAUGGGCUCCAGUGCACCCAAGUACCUGGCCUGAUCUUUGGGCAUUUGUUUGUUGUUGUUCAUUUGUUGUUGAUAAGGAAGUCGUGAUCAAAGCAAUAAGAAUAGCUUUAUUCUUUGUUGUUUGUGUUACUUUCUUUUUCUUUUCUUUUCAUUUUUUUUUUUUUUUUGGCAAUCGUUAAAUUUGCGUAUAUACUGCGCUUAUCGCUGGACUCUAAAUUUGUUUACCUAAUCUGCCACUGAUACAUAGUAAUAUAAUUCUAAAUACAAUGAAGCAGAAGCUAAAACAGGCUCGGAUUCCUGUUUGCAUUCUGCGUGUUUUUUACGUGCCUUAUAAUAAAUAAUUUUAUCAUUUUUUAUGGAACCCA